GCCUCGCCACUCCCCUUCCUGCGGGCUGCAACGCGCUGCUGGCCAUGCUCCGCUUGGGCCGGGUGCUGCUAGGCCGCCUGUGCCCACCCCGGCCCUGGGCGGCGCGGCGCGGAGCGGCGGCGUGGGGCGAGGAGGAGCGCUUCGUCUUCCUCGAGUACGAGCCGGAACCGCCGCCGCCCGCCGCUGCGGCGAGGAGCAGAGCGGCCGCGCGGAGCCGGGCGGCAGGCGCGGACGGCGCACCGGGGGGGCGACGGGUGCGGAGGGCGGCCGACCCGUCGGUGCCGCCGAGCGGCGUGGGCUGCUCGGGCUGCGGGGCCGAGCUGCAAUGCCGCGACGCCGCAGCGCCGGGCUUCGUUCCGGCCGACAAGUACCGCGGCCUCUGCGCGGGGCCGGGCGGUGCGGCCGGGCUGCGGGACGCCGUGUGCCAGCGGUGCUGGGUGCUGGCGCACGGCGGCGAGGCAGUGCGUCUGGAGCUGCCGCCCGAGCGGCACCGCGCCGUGCUGAGCGCCGCGCUCCGCAGCCCCCCUCGGCACGGCCGCGGCCCGCUGCUCCUCUACCUGCUGGACGUGCUGGAGCUGCCCGACCCAGUGUUACCGCAGCUGCCCGCGCUGCUCAGCCCCGAGGUGCCCGCCGCGGGGCUGCUGGUGGUGGGCAACAAGGUGGACCUGCUGCCGGCUGACUCCCCCGGGCACCUGCGGCGGCUGCGGCAGAGAGUGACGGCUGCCUGCCUGCAGGCCGGCAUCUCCCGAGCGCAGCUGGUGGAUGUCCGACUGGUGAGCGCCAAGACGGGCUUCGGGAUGGAGGGGCUGGUCAGCCGGCUGCAGCGCUCCUGGAAGUGCGCCGGCGACGUCUACCUGCUGGGGGCCACCAACUCGGGCAAGUCGACACUCUUCAACACCCUGCUGCUCUCUGACUACUGCAAGUCACGUGCCCCCGACGUGGUUGGCAGGGCCACUGUCUCAGCCUGGCCAGGAACAACGCUGAACUUGUUGAAAUUUCCAAUUAUUAACCCAACGUGUGACAGGAUAUUCAGAAGGCAGGAGAGGCUGAAAGAAGAGGCGCUAAAAACAGAAGACCAGCUAAGCGAUGAAGAAAAAAAGCACCUCAAUCGCCUUAAAAAGCAAGGUUACUUAGUGGGAAGAGUUGGAAGAACAUUUAAACGCCGGGAGAGCUCUGUGGUUGAUUUUGACCCUGACGUGCUGUCAUACAGCAUAGAUGAAGAUCCACGCCCUAUCUCUAAGAAGCAUGAGGAAAGAGAAGAGUUCACAUACAACGAAGUGAAGGAUGCUCGCUGGUGUUUUGAUACUCCAGGGAUUGUAAAGGAAAACUGUGUUUUGAAUCUCCUAACAGAGAAAGAAGUAAAGCUGGUUUUGCCAACACAAGCCAUCAUUCCACGGACCUUCAUUCUCAAGCCAGGAAUGGUCUUGUUUUUAGCAGCUUUAGGGCGCAUAGACUACUUACAGGGAGAAAAACCUGCCUGGUUUUCUGUUGUGGCUUCUAAGCUGUUGCCAGUCCACAUUACUACCUUGAGCAGUGCGGAUGUCAUGUAUGAGAAGCACGCUGGCCAAGAGUUCUUUAAGGUUCCAAUGGGUGGGAAAGAGCGAAUGAAAGAGUUCCCCCCACUUGUCCCUCAGGACAUUACACUGAAAGGAACUGGUACCAGUGAGGCAGUUGCAGAUAUCAAACUUUCCUCUACAGGCUGGGUGGCAGUGACAGCUUAUGCAGAAGAGGAACUGUUGCUCCGAGCCUAUACGCCCAGGGGCACCACAGUGGUGGUACGGGAGCCUCCCCUUUUACCAUAUAUCAGUAACGUCAGAGGGGCCCGGAUCCCAGGUACUGCGGCCUACAGAACCAAAAAGCCUCCGUCUCUUGUAGAAAACCUGAGAACUGUGGGGAACAGAUAGCACUCACCAUCGUCUGAGCAAGACAGGAUUCAGAACCUUGAUGCUUGUUGACACUCAGGAGAGCUUAGACUCAUCUAAAAGGCAGACAGGCACAGUUUCAAGGGACAUCUGGGCGAGAUAAAUCUGAUUUAAGGCACCACAAGUCUAAUAUAAUUAUUGAGCUGCAGCUGGUUCAAGCGAGCUGAAUGGCUGGUACCUUGCUCUGUGAGGUGAAAUGUUCUUUUCCCUGAGAUCAGGCGCUGUCAGCGAGCAACCAUCUUUCCCAGUUUACUCUUGAGAUACAGCAUGGAAGCUGAGCUGCCUGCCUUUGGCUGACUUUGCUGCUCAGAGUAGGUCUUUUCCUGCAGACAUGCUCUCACAGGUCAGAAACCAUCACCUGGUUCUUGGAGCCUUUAUGUUGUUUCCAAAGCAGAAGGAGGUAGAAGUGGGGAGAGGAGCAGGGAGUUCUCUGGUGUGGGUAUUACAUUCCCAGGAUCUUGCAGUUAUUCAACAUUAUUGACCAAACAUUAGGUCCCCUCAGUAUCUGAAGCAUUGCCCUACAUCUAGACACAGGAAAAAGAAAUUAAAGAAAAGCAGGCCUGCUCAAGUGCCUAACAAAGAAACUCGCAGCUCACUGCUUUGGUUUGGUUUCUGUAGCUUGUGUAAAAGUUUCUGAAACUGAGGAUGUACAGUAAAAAAAAAAAAACCUUCUCAAGACUCCUUUGUCUUCUGAAAUCACCAGAAAAGCACUCGUGUGGGCUUGCAUCUUGCAAACUAUACAACAGCACUAGCAACAUGGUCUGUAUUAGAGGAAAACAUACCAUGCCACAUCUGGCAGCCAAAGAGGAGUAAGACUACUGCAGUUCCAAGCUGCCAGGUCCAACCACAGGAACAGCUCAAGUUUCCAGCUGGCAUGUGCACACAGCAGACAGGUACAGAGCUAGUCACACAGACUGCAAACACAACAGUCAGGUGAACACAGACAACACAAGCAGUCUCAUCCUGCUUUCCUCUUUGGUUGAUCAGAAUAGAGGUCUGGGGAAAACACCCACCUUGCUACAGCCUGCUCUCCUCAGGCUUCUCUCUAGACCAAACAGCACCAGUUCCCCCAACCACUCUGGUUUUCUGGUUCCUUCACUAUUUUUUCCCCUCUCUCCUCCACCCACACUCAAGCAAUUCAAGACCCUUCUCAUAGUGUGGGUCCUAGAACUGAGUACAGUACACAAAAGUGCAGUCUUGCCAGAGCUAAGUACAGAGGGGAAAAUCACCACCCCAGUUCUGUUGGCCACACCAUUUCCAUUAAGUGUUCUGAGAGAAGACAGCAGAAAACACUGCUUCAGCUAGCAUCUCAUUUUUUGUGAAGGAUAUACUCAGCAGUCCUGAAGAAGUGGACAUAGAAAUAGUCACAGCUCUACCAGUAAAACUGGGAAUCAGGAAAAGGGUCCAGACAUGGCCUGUUCAAACUAGCUUGAUAAAUAAAAACAGGCGUCUCCUACAGCAUUCCUGUAAUGCUGUAACUGUGGAAAAGACAAUAUAAAAUGCAAACAAUACCAAAUGCAGGAAGAGUAACUGGAAUGCCUUCCUUUGUGACAGCAUUAGUCCCCAGCCCAGGAGUCAGCCAUGAAAAAUUGCAGGCAAGACAAUGUGCGCAGGGACCUGUGUAGCAGGUCCUCUGAUUUUUGGAAACACAGCCUUUUUCACAAAGAUCAGUAGCCAAUGCUGAAAUUGUAUUCAGGAGAAAGGGCUUCCUGCCUGAAACAUGAGGAUGUGCAGGGAAGAAUGUGCCUCCCAUGCUGUGUCCUUUUGUGUUCAGCAAGAUAUGCAAGUGGGGCAGCUGGGCCAGCAGGGCCAGCACAAGAACUGGAGUUACACAGGUGUUUUAAGUGCUUUUGCAAAGCCUACUCUGUAUCUACUGACUCCUCAGGCCAUAAGAGCAGACAACUAGCAACAGCCACAGCUAGGAACAACAACAACAACAAAAAAAUGUGUGCUCCAGACAGAUGUAAAACCUCAGCAUGUAGGAGGUUUUAAUAUGGAAGCAAUUAGCGCUUAGAUUAAAGCACAGAAAUACCUUUUAUGAGUUCUGAGCUUCUCCAAGUUGGUGUCUAUUUCACACUUGUGCUGGACAGCCUGAGAGGCAAGACAUUUUUUAACAUCUAUGGACAAGAGCUAAUUUAAUCUCAAACCACAUUUGCUUUUGGCUCCUCUGUUGAGUCUGUGUGUAAAAAUGAGGUGUAAAGACAGGACUGGGAGAGUUAAGCCUCCUGGGAAGGCCCAACCUUCAUGGCUCAGUGUGCCCAGGCUGGGUGCAAUUAUGUAUAGCUCUGUUAGAAAAGUGAGGAAAGCUGAAAAGUGCAUAUUCAGCAGAACAGCUCAUUUGCUGGAGUACUGCAGGGAGCUCCCUGUCUUCCCCCAGCUGGAAUGGGGGACUAGGGGAUACCAAACCAGACCAAAGGAGUAUUGCAUAUCCCCACUGCCCUGCAAGUAGGAACAUGAUGCUGUAGCUGGGAGCCUGAGUUGAUUUGCUUUGGCACGUGUCCCCCCCAAAAACGAGGCUUUUUCUCUGCCCAGUAGCUAUUCACUUUUCAGCACUGCUUAUGUCAAGGACUCCUACCCUAGGAAAAGGGCUACUGCUUUCUGUGGCAAAAGCAGAACAAAUUCCAUGCAGAGGUCACUUUUUACCUAGGUUACUUUUACCCAUUGUUAGUGCUCCCAAAAUGGCCUGUAAUGCAAGAGUGGUGCACUGGGCCACAAGUUUCAAGCUUCUGCUUCUUACCCACUCAAGCAUAUGCUAUGCUGAAAACUUGUGCUCCUGAAAUCUAUGUACCUCUAGGCUGUUCACCUUCUGAUUUCCCAUUUAAGGCUGCAGGUAUCUGUGCCUGCACCUCUGGAGGUGGUCCUGGCUGCCUGGUCACCCACCCAGUGCAUUGCCCACGUCCCUGCCCAUCGUCACCACCUUUCCUCUUUUUGCCCCAGCUCUCCUUCAGCUCUUUGUGAUGGAAACCCAAUCACAUACACAACUCAUCUAUCACUUCACCUCCAACACAGCCCGUGCUGCAGGCAGCAGCCAUUGGAGUGUACUGUCCUGAACUGUGCUAAAGGACACUAAGAAGGGUUCAUGUGGCCCCUUCCACCAACCUGUGGGCAAGGGAAUGGUUCAGCUGCCUGCCUUGAAUCCAAAAGAGUCAUAGCAUUGUCUUGCUGCUGGCCUGCAAGGUACUACAUAGCCACGCGCUUCUUCUUCUCUACUCAGUUCUGUAGAAAAACAAACAAAAGUAAUUAGGCAUAAAGUAGAACUCAGCAUAAAGUAGCACAUUUUCAACCUGAUAGGUUUUACCCCAUUUUCUGCCACAAUACAAGAAGCUAGUUGAAGAUGAGGAUGCAGAUUUAAGGGAAAAUAGUUUCAACCAUUGGCAACCCAGUCACAUAAUUUCUAUUGCAGUUCACUUAAUUUUGUCCCUUUCUGGAGAGUGAAAAUACAAACUGGUGGUACAAAGGGCAGGGCCUCCUCCAUUGAACCAGUCUGAAAUAAUUAACUCACGCAGCAAAGGCAAAGAAGCAGAGAAGUACUCAAACCUACCACCUCUAUGCCAUGGCCUCAGGGCAUCUCAUGGCAGCCCACAAUUAGGACUGGGUACAAUUCCUGCCCACAAUUAGGACUGGGUACAAUUCCUGCCUUACCAUAAACUUCACUCACAUUUAUCUAUAAGACUUUAAGCCAGAACAUACCCCUUUAAUUAAAAACAUUUUUGUAGCCAUUAAUAAGUAGCAGUGUGUAACCAAUGAAUAUACGGAUGUUGUAAUCAAGAAAUACACAGAAAAGUUAGGCUAAACAGGUUAUCAUGCUAAAGAAAAAUGGAAAAUACACAUAUCCUGGGCUCACUGAGAAGACUCCAAGAGGAGCAAUCUCUAAGAGACCCUUCCCCAGUGGUAGUCAGCUCUUAAAUGGGGUCUAGGAGAGGUGGAACAAGGCUCCUCUCCUUCCAGUAGCACAGUCUUCACCUGUGCUCCUAGGACUGCCUCAUUGCUCACCUCAGGUGGUCAAUCAGAGGUUCAGGCCGUGAUCAACAGUUCCCAUACAGGCAGACAGAAGCGACGAGUUCCAUAAUAAAGUUUAUUUAAUCAGAACUAUGCUUAGGAAAAUACACUUGAAAGGGUUAAUAUAAUGCAAUUUAGUUUAAUUUUACACUACUUUUUGAACAAAAGACUUAAAACAUACUUUAAGUGAAAAUAGGAUGUAUGAUCUGGCUUGUUUUACAUUAAAAACGUAGAAAAGGCCAUCAUGCACUACAGUAGAGAACAUGAAAAAAAAAAAAAAAUUACCUUUGGUUUUAUUCAGAGAAUACAAGUAUUGCACUGUAAAAGCAUCAAACAUGGUGCAACCAAAUGUCAUAAACACAACUCCAUGCCAGCUUACAAAAGUUAACUAGGAUAGUUUUAGAGGGAGGAAACGUAUGUACACAUGAAACAAUUCCAUUAGCUAUCUGGAUUCUGUUAAUAUGCAUGCCACUAUCUACACAACUGCCAUUCAAGAAACCUCUUGAAUUUGGUUAAUACUUCUCAGCUAUAUUAAAUCUGUUGAAAUCAGUGACGCUACCACUUCUUAACUGGCCUGGCAGAUGUUAAACGUUCUUCUUUUGUCAAUGAAUGAAGGUCCAGCCUAGAUCAUCGAAACCCAGAAACAAUGACUACAGAAUCACAGAAUCAUCACAACUGGAAAAGACAACUAAAACCAUCUAGUCCAGCCAUGAUUACAAUACAAUGGAUUACAACUGCCUAGCUAUCCACUUCUGGAUCUUUUCUCAAGGCAGUUACAGAGUGGAUAGAUCCAUAGAGAUGAAAACCUCAAACGCCAUGUUGCUCAACCAAGGACUGGCAGUGUAGAGCUGUCGCUGUGCUAAAAACUCCUCAACCCACAUAUCUGAGGUUGAACACUCCUACCGUUCUUAGGCUACUGUUGGCAAAACCAACACAAAAUAAUUUAAGAAUAUUGAGAAGGACAAAGAAGUCACUGUUUAGAGGGAGCUACAUCGUAGUAAAACCAUCAUUGCCGGUGGCUUACCUAAUCAGCAUUCUCCAGUACAAAUAUUCAAUAUUAGCAAUUUCUAACAUCUUAGGUACAUACGAUGCAGUACAUCUUCGCUGCUUUAACAUAACAUACUCCCAAAUCUUGGACAUAAGCCAGCAGAGAAUUCCAACACUGUAACACACCAACAGUAUUUCAGGACGUUGCUGGUAAGGGUCUCAAAGAGACCUGUCUUCUUAACAUUUCUCUAGUCUUAUUUUCAGCUCCUAAUCUUGAGAUAGGAAACACUGCUUAACAGGAACACUGCUGUUUUCAAAGAGUUCUUGUUAGAUCAAGCAUUAAAACCUUGACCACUUCCCAGAAAUCUGCAGUGCAGUACCUCAGAAAACCACACCCUUGUUUUUAUCUCAUCAAGAGACAUUUUAAGUCAGUGUACACCACAUUUUCCAUUUAAAAACAGAAUAAUUAUCAGGCCAGUCCACAAGUUUAUCUGAACAUAGCUGAAGUCCUUGAAGUCUCUCAUAAGAUGGCAAGGGCUCUUUGCAAGGAUAUAAGGGGAGCUACAAUAUCUCUGCACAGUACUGGAAUUUCCAGCAUCUGCUCAUGUUACUCACAAACGUUGGCAACAUUUACAUAUAAAAGAAACACCAUUAAAAAAAAAAAAAAAAAAAAAAAAAAAAGAAA